GAUCGUCUUUACUCCAGAGUCAAAGGGAUGCGACGGAUCAUCGAUCAUCCCUUCAAGCGCUUCAGGUCCCGCCACCAGUCGCCCUCGUCAGACAAAACCCGCUGCUGCCUCGGAAUAAGAGUGUUGCAUGAGGAUCUUCUACGAGCCCGGACCUCGGCCAUUAAAGCAAAACGGAGCGUGAAGCUGAAGAGCGGAAGGGAGCCGAGCGUAAAGGACACUGAGUAUAAGUCUGCAGGGGAGUCACCAUGCUGCAUGAGAAGAAUGAUGGGAAAGACCAAGACGUGAUCCUUCCACUAAUCCAACAAAACAGACCUGCAUUGUCAUGGGAUAUAAAGAUCAAGAAAAGGGUGAAGGCUCCCUGUCUGGGAAAGUUCAGGCCAAUUGUUGGCCAGUGCUGCCACCAGUGUACCCCAGACAGCCUGCGCAAGAAGCCUGGACAAACCACCUUCCUUGGCUUUCACAACCUGCUGAGCAUUAACGAGACGGACACCAGGUAUCGCGGCUGGCUGGUGCGGAGGGUGUGCUGCGCACUGUUCGUAAGUGGGCGCAAGGUGUACCCCAGCCCUGUUGGCAACCGCCAUGAGAGCGUCUGCCAGAGCAAUAGGGUGAAGGAGGCGCUCACAGCGCCCGAGGGGGGAGACGACCGAGGUCAGCUCAGCCACCUCUCACCACUCGUCGGCCUCAUUAACACCUGCAUCUCCCCUGGCUACCUGCGAUUCCUGAGCUGGGUGAUGCUGAAGAUGUUUUCCUGCGUGUUUGGCAGUGUUAUUGUUAACCUCAACCAUCUGCCGGCUUUGCACAGAGCCUCACAAGAGGGAUCUCCGCUGGUGUAUGUGUAUGUGCGUCAGAGCGCCGCGGACUGUGCCCUCAUCCCUCUGGUGCUCUUCUGUCACAACCUGAGAGUACCAUACACCGUGUGUCCCCUCCACAUCACCAGCUCCCUCAUAAGAUCACUUCUGCAGAAAGUCGGCGUGAUCCUCCUUCCGCCUUCUGCACCGACUGAGCAGGAUGCUGAGAUAGACAGUCUGUACUCCCCCGUCAUGACCUCCCUGGCACGUGAACUGCUACAUGAGGGUCAGGCGAUGAGCGUUGGCGUGUCAGCGGAGUCUGGCCGAGGUGGCCGGUGGCUGGCUCACAUCACACAACUCAUCAAAGAGGGAUCUGUCCCCGACGUCAGCCUGGUGCCUGUGAGCAUCUCCUACGACUGUGUGCCCGAGGCCAACGCACAGGUUGGCUUAAGCUCUGUGUUUCGCUGGAUGUGGUCUGGACUCUGGAGGAGACCGGCUGGCGGCGUGUGGGUCCACUUCGCUCAGCCCUUUUCUCUCAAGGAGAUGUGCGCGUCUGGGAGGUGCAGAGUAGAUGAAUGGCUCCCCCUACAGGACCUGUUGCUGCCUGUUAUCCUCAACAACAGGACCGAAUGUGUGUUUGGGCAGAGGCGGAUGUCGUGGCUCCUGCCGUCUUCUCAUUAUGCGUCUGAACUCCCCGAGCCACCUCGCCAUCCUGAGAGAGACCUCGGCAUCGCCGUCGUCCUCCACCUCAUCUUCUCUGCUGCCUCCUGCACGACUGUGAUGUCCACCAGUCUGGUGUCGAGUCUUCUGCUGUACAGACACCGCAAGGGUGUGAGCAUCUCGGCCCUGUGUCGUGAUAUCGUCUGGCUCACGGAGGAGCUGCUGUUCAGGAACAAGGACGUGGGUUUCGGGGGAGCUUUCGAGGACGUGGUCCGCUCUUCCCUCUCCCUGCUCGCCCCUCACCUCAUCAUAGCUGCAGUGCCGUCUCGGAGAGACUUUUCUAUCGCGCCCCGUCCUUCUCUUGCUGCCUCGCUUCACCUCGCCGCACAGGCCCAGAUUGUCACUCACACCUUUAUUUUGGAAGCUGUUGGAGCGUGUGCGGUGUCGGCCAUGCUGUGCGAGGUGGUCCGCAGUGGCGUCAGCAGCAGGCUGAGGAGCAGCGGCGUGGACGGAGAGCAGGUCAACGGGGACAUGGAGUUCAAUGUGUUGCUCGGCCAGUCCGAGCUGACGGAGAAAGCCCUGCAUCUCUGCCAUCUCCUGCCUCCGGGCUUCAUGCCACCCUGUCAGUCGUCCCAGAGUUUCGCUCUGGAUGCAGUUGACAGUCUGGUACGAUGUGGUAUCCUGAUCAUGGAAGAAAUUCCCAGAGACGUUCCCCUCUGUGACUUCUUGAAGAAGGAGGGCGCCCUGAACUGGACCACCUCUGACGACCCUUAUCACAGCGACUCCGACUGUGAUGUGGAGGAGCAGGACCUGCGUUCCUACAAGAUAAGCCAGCCGAGUCAGUGCCCAGAGAUGCUCUUCUUCCUCUGCAGGAUGCUAGCUGGUCACAUGAGGGCGCUGUGCUGGGCGACCAGCUGUCUGGACCUCCUGCCCACUCCUCUGCCAGAGGCAGAGUUCGUGGCUCAGAUGCACUCGCACCUGUGUGACGCAGCCGAUCAGAAGAAGCGGCACUAUGAGAGCUGCUCGGAGGAGGCUGCACACACUGCAGUUAGAUCGCUAAUAGACCUGGGGGUCCUUACGGAGGAGCGCCGGAAAGGAGGAGGAGGAGGAGGAGGAGGCGUCUUCCUGGGCGUCGGCUCUUUGUUCCAGUUGCCCGAAAACCGUCAGAAGCUGCAGCGCUUCAUGUCUCAGUACCUCUUUAAUUAAUGUGUUUAACUGCGUGACUCGGGGCUUUGUUGUGUGGAGGUCUGACCUCGUUGCCGUCGGAGCCGCUCGUGUUCGCCGCCGAGACGCCUGCUGGGCGGCCGACGCUCGUGCCUUUAAGUUAAUUGCGUUUUUGAUUUUCCAAUGAUGAGACACUGAUUUUAAGUUUCUUUAGUAAUGGCAUUAGCAUAAAGCGACGGGAGACGAGAAUUGUGAAGUCCCCGUAAUCAACCGCGAGGACUCGGGGCGGCUCGCGGCUUCGGCCAUGUUCGUGUGGCGGUCGCCAACGCUUUUUGUUUGUGACGUGAACGUUGAGUUUAGUUCCGGUUUGUUCCCAUGUUGGUCACUUCAGCGAUGUUCAGGCUGACAAUAAAGAAACGAGCCCCCUGA